GCAGCUCUCCCUUUCUCUCUGCUCUAUCUCAGCGGCCUCGGGACCUCCAUCAACCCAACGUUUGCUGCUGCGGGAGGAUGCUUCCUCCUGGACGACGACGACGACGACGACGACGACGAGCACUAACUUGUGUGGUAGCGCUGCUGCUGCUGUCCGUCCCUCCAGGCGCGACGGAAAGCAACGUCCUUGAACAUGUGCACAGCAGACGAAGCAGCAGUCGCACGGCGGCUCUGAUUGCAGGACCUGGGGCAGGAACAAGGGCGUGGUCAUCGGCAUCAGUAUCGUCAUGGCCAUGGCUACUGCGAGGUGGUCAGGGCGUACGGAGCACGCGUUCAUCGGAGCAGAGACUCAUCAUUGCCAAUGCGAGAACAGAUCAUGACGACGAUGUCGCCGAAGCGGGCACCUCCACCGCCGCUGGCUCGAGCACUUCAGGUUCUAUCGACAUCAAGGCCAAGCCGCGGUGGUCUGGCGGGACAGCAGUCGAGGGAAGGGGUGAUGGUAGCGGUGGAGGCGGCGAACGCCAGGAUCCAAGAGUACACUCGCUGGUGGAUCUGGUGAAGCUGCUUGAAGUCUCGGAGAACCCUCUCUGGGAGUUGGUCCGCUUCGAGGGCCGAGAGGCGUCGAAGCAGUCGCACGUAUCGUCCAUGCUACACGGCUCGGUACUGGCUCGCACUUCGUUGGAAGACGCCGUUUCGUGCGAUGUCGCCGACAAGAUGGCCACCACCUUCCUGUCGCCGACAGAGGUGAGGUCUUUGAUGAGUGACAUGUACGCGGACGAGCCGCUGUUGGACUUCGUUGUUGCAGAGGAUCUGCUGGCCCAUGCCAUGCAGGACACGUCCUUGCCCGACGUGCUCACGGCGAUGCUCUUCCACAAGGGAUUCACGGCUCUGACGACCUACCGGCUGAUGAACUGGCUGUGGAGAAGAGACAGGCACAACCUGGCCCGGUAUCUGCAAUCGAUUUGCUCUGAGGUGUGUGCCGCGGACAUCCACCCGGCGUCUACAAUAGGCAAAGGGAUCCUCAUGGCCGGCGGCUGCGACAUAGUUAUCGGCGAGACUGCAAUGGUCGGGGACGGCGUUUGUAUUCUGCAGGGCGUGACUUUGGGGGGUACGGGAAAUCAGACUGGGAACAGGCACCCCAAAGUCGGCAAGGGAUGCCACAUCGGUGUGGGUUCUUCUAUCCUUGGAAACAUUCCCUUGGGGGAGGGCUCCCGCAUCGAGGCCGCCUCCGUGGUUGUGAAACCCAUCAAGCCGUACACCAUCAACAGGGGUGUGCCGUCGAAAACCGUCGCCUGGGUCGUUUGCGAUCCGCAUCAGGACGUAGCGGUUGGUGUGGAGGAAGGGGCAGCGGAGGAGGAAGGGGAGGAACGCACGCCUACGGUGAAACCGCGGCGGCUGUUUUCCAACUACGGCUCGCUGUACAUGGGAGUGUGAAGGGAGGGGCGCGGUGAUGUCAUUAGGCUUUGGCUGCGGCAGCCUGUACAAGGCGUAGAAAAUCGUCGAAAACCUUGGAUAUGUCCUCUCCAAAAACAAUUAAGAAGAAUAAAUUUUUGUAUCCGAUUUGAUGGUGAGGCGUGUUUUGUCGAUCUCCAGAGCGUACGGUCAAUUCUUGACCUAGAAUGGAUAAGCGUGCAAAAUGGAAACCGUCGCAGUCUCCCAGAAUGCGCUGGCACCACAGGUACUGGGGCACUUCCUUCUCUCGUCGAAACUGUCGACUGUCUGUGCCUUCGGGUGUGUCCGUGAGAUCAUGCACAUAAAACGAUUUCGAGG